CGCCCGCCCGCCCGCCCGCCCGCGGCGGCGGCGGCCCCGCGCACUCCGCCGCUUCGCCCAUCGCGCCGCGCAGGCAGUCGCUCGCCGAGCCCGCGGCCGGGGCCCUGGCGUGCAGCGCGGGCCUCGGCGGAGCCCAGCGCUCCGGCCCGGGAGGAUGCGGCCCUGGGCGGCCCGGGAGCUGAGCAGGGCCCCCGCGCCGGCCCCCGCUGGCCCCGGCCUCCGGAGCCGCAGCUGCCGCCCCGCCCCCGAGAGACAUGACUUCCAAGCCGCAUUCCGACUGGAUUCCCUACAGUGUCUUAGAUGAUGAGGGCAGCAACCUGCGGCAGCAGAAGCUCGAUCGGCAGCGGGCCCUGCUGGAGCAGAAGCAAAAGAAGAAGCGCCAGGAGCCCCUGAUGGUGCAGGCCAAUGCCGACGGGCGGCCCCGGAGCCGGCGGGCCCGGCAGUCGGAGGAGCAGGCCCCCCUGGUGGAGUCCUACCUCAGCAGCAGCGGCAGUGCCAGCUACCAAGUUCAGGAGGCCGACUCGCUUGCCAGUGUGCCCCUGGGAGCUGCCCGCCCCACAGCGCCAGCCUCAGCCAAGAGGACCAAGGCAGCCGCCGCGGCGGGGGGCCAGGGCGCGGCCUCUGGGAAGGAGAAGAAGGGGAGGCACAAAGGCACCAGCGGGCCAGCAGCACUGGCAGAAGACAGGUCUGAGGCCCGAGGCCCCAUGCGGAUCCUGACUGUGGGCCAGUCAGACCACGCCCGGGACGAGGGGGAGACAGCCGCUGGUGGGGGCACACGGCCCAGUGGGCAGGACGUCCGUGCCACGAUGCAGAGGAAGGGCGUCUCCAGCAGCAUGAGCUUCGAAGAGGAGGAGGAGGAUGAGGACGAGAACAGCUCCAGCUCCUCCCAGCUGAACAGCAACACCCGCCCCAGCUCUGCGACGAGCAGGAAGUCCAUCAGGGAGGCAGCCUCAGCCCCCAGCCCCCCAGCCCCAGAGCCGUCGGUGGAUGUUGAGGUCCAGGAUCUUGAGGAGUUCGUCCUGAGGCCGGCCCCACAGGGGAUCACCAUCAAGUGCCGCAUCACACGGGACAAGAAGGGCAUGGACCGGGGCAUGUACCCCACCUACUUUCUGCACCUGGACCGUGAGGAUGGGAAGAAGGUGUUCCUCCUGGCGGGAAGGAAGAGAAAGAAGAGUAAAACUUCCAAUUACCUCAUCUCUGUGGACCCAACAGACUUGUCUCGAGGAGGGGACAGCUACAUCGGGAAACUGCGGUCCAACCUCAUGGGCACAAAGUUCACCGUUUAUGACAAUGGAGUCAACCCUCAGAAGGCAUCAUCUCCUUUGGAAAGUGGAACCUUACGUCAGGAGCUGGCUGCUGUAUGCUACGAAACAAAUGUUUUAGGUUUCAAGGGGCCGCGGAAGAUGAGUGUGAUUGUCCCAGGCAUGACCAUGGUUCACGAGAGAGUCUGUAUCCGGCCCCGCAACGAGCAUGAGACGCUGCUAUCACGCUGGCAAAAUAAGAACACGGAGACUAUCAUUGAGCUGCAGAACAAGACGCCUGUCUGGAAUGACGACACGCAGUCCUACGUACUCAACUUCCACGGGCGCGUCACGCAGGCCUCCGUGAAGAACUUCCAGAUCAUCCACGGCAAUGACCCGGACUACAUUGUGAUGCAGUUUGGCCGUGUAGCAGAGGACGUGUUCACCAUGGAUUACAACUACCCAUUGUGUGCGCUGCAGGCCUUUGCCAUUGCCCUGUCCAGCUUCGACAGCAAGCUGGCCUGCGAGUAGAGGCCACCUCGUGCCCUCUGGGGUUGCCCAGCCUGGAGUGGAGCUGCCUGCCUGCGGAGACAGCCCUGCCGACCCCCUGUACAUAGGCCGCGUGCCAGGUGACCCUUUGGCUCUCAGUGGGCUCCUGGGCCCAGCCAUCCAGGUACUGGCUCCUGUGCCUUCACUGCUGAGGCAGAGGAGUGGGGGAUAUGAAGGGACCAGCGUGAAUUCUUUCUGCGCCCCAAGAUCAACGCCCCCACCCCCGACCCUUGGGUUAGUAUCCUGCUGCAGUCACGUUUGCCAAGCUGAGCAGCCUCUUCAGCCGGGGAGGCAGGAAGAGGUGUAGAGGGAGAGGAAGCACAGUGCAGGGCUGCUGGGGCCCGGCCAUGCACUCAGCCCAACUGCGAGGGGCACAGUGAGUGUGUGUGUGUUAGUGUAAGUGUUAGGGCACACCUACUUUACAGAGCAGAGGGCUGGGGAGCCAAGCCUGGCCCUUACAACUACACAAAGUCCUCCAGCUUCAGAAGGCCUCAGCUGGGCCUGGGAAGAGUUACGGGCAUGGGGAAAGGUGAGUGGCAGGACCUUGCCAGGGUUGCAGGGGCCCGGCUGUGGCUGUGGGAAUUGGCUGGUGGCCUAGGGUUUGAGCUCAUUUGAUUUCUCUGUGUGCACAGAGGCGGCAGGAGGCCAGCCUCCAAGGUCAGAUCUCUUAUAGAGGAUGGGGCCUGCAGGACGCAGGCUCAGCAUACAGGCGGCGCGUGGGACAGGGCUGUUCCCCGGGAGCUCCCUGCUGAGCAGUCCCUGCACAAACCCCAUGAACCCCAGGACACCAGCCCCAGACUGCACACAGGUAGGCGUGCCUGGAGCUCCCGCCUGUGCUUCAGCUCCCACUGCAGUCAGCCUGGGCUGUGGUUGCUGAGGGAUUGUAUGUGGUUCUUCUUAGCUGGGAAUGGGACAGGGUAAGGAGAGCAGGAAAUGUUUCAGAACCACAAAAGAUCAGAGGUGGCAGGACCCUGAGAGAUCAUCUAGAAAGUAGGACUUGCCCUGGGUCACCUGGCUGGUUAGGGGCAGAGUUCGGAGUUUCAGCUCCCUUGAUUUCCUUGUUUCCACCAUCCCCCAAGAAACUGCUCUCUCUGACCUUCCUGGGGCACAGUCCGCAUGCCCGUGCACCUGAUUCCGGAGACUUGGAGAUGUUCAGUGGGAAACUGGGCAGUUCCCUGCCGAAAGCUGCCUGGAUUUUUGCAUGUCCGUCUGAUAGUGACUGGCCUGUGCCUGGCUCCUCCCCGAGGGCAGGCCUCAGCAAGGCUGCUGCCCAUUUUGCUACCUAGGUGUGACGGGUGGGUUGUGGGUGUUCAGGGCUGCGCCUGACCUCUCCCUCCGCUGCCCUCCUCCGUGGAUGGUACCAUCUACUCUGACGACUUGGGCAGUCUUGCAUAUUUGUCAUUUACCCUGACAGAGGCUACUCACCCAGAUGGAGCUCGGAAAUCAGGGGGAAGCAAGCAAGGGCCGUUCCCACUUCAGAGCAGAUGUGCUUGGAAAGACUACAUAGAAGUCGGUUUUUUAAACAGUGAACACGUUAGCAAGGCUCUGAGGUGAAGCUGUUCUGACUUCAGUGGGAGUAGCACGCGCUCAUUUCCUGGUAAUCUGGGCUUUCCUACGUUGAGUGCUUAAAGCAAGACAUUCCUGUUCCAGCAGGGAUCUGCCCACACCUGGGGCGCAUGUCUCUGUGAGAGGCCCCUCCAUUGAUCCAGGUUUUGUUAACAUGGUCUAGUUUCUGGACAGCUCUUGACUUGGGGCCAUCUUUAGGGCACUAGAACCUUCUAUACCGGAGCUGGUCCACUUGCCAAUGAAAUACUGUCGCGCCGUCCUCCUGUCCAUAGUCCCAGUUUGGCUCUUCCUUUCUUGACUUUGAAAAGAGAGACCUGCUGACAUUUAGAAUGAUGGAAAGUAGAUGAUCUCUAAAGUCUAGUCAAGCUGUUUCUCUGGGUCAGUGAUUUUAAGGUAGAACAGGUUGGUUCUGGAUCCUCAUGAGAGAGGGGAUCCUGGGGCAGAGUGGAAAAUUCAUCAGAAGCACAAUGGAAGACUAGUACACAGGGGAGGGGGUUGAAAGGUGUUUUCGUAGGGUCAGGAAUGUGGCCUGAGAGUCCCAGCCUGGGCAUGGACAAGGGUAGCUCAGCAACAAAACCCUCUGUUGGGCACUGAGUGACCAGCAAGAGUACUCGAGUCACCUGCUUAAGACCCCAGCCUCGGAAGGAGGUCUGUUCUGAAGACCCCAUUCCUGGUGAUGCUGGUUCUCCUUGACCACUGGCCUCAUAGCCAUGGGCCCAAAGACUCAUAAAGCUGCCAGGGCCCCUGGAGGCCACCUGGGCUCAGCCUCUCCCACAGGAAGAGUUCUUGCCCUUCAUACCCUCUAACCAGAUGGUCCUUGGUUGGGCAGGGAACUUGGUGAUGGAAUGAGCAGUCCCUAAGGGUGUUGGGUAGCUGGGACCUUAGGCAGCUCCUCUGUAACUGCUCCUAGCUCUAACUCCCUCCUCCUGGGGCCACACCCCCAAACAGUUCUACAGAGCAGUGAAGUUCACUUCCUUAACUCUUCCCCAAUUCUGGCUUUUCUUUCCUUCUGGCUCCAAGGUGCUCUGUGUCUGUCUGUGUGUCUCUGUGUGUAUUUGGGGCAAAGGGCAAUCUGUGAACAAUCAAUUGAGGUUUCCUAUUACAAUCAUAUUUCUACAGAUGAAUAGGAAAGGAAUAAGGAUGUAGUUAUGAUCACCGGUGGAUUUUGUUCAUUUCGUGCUCUUUGAUCAGAAAGUAUCCUUCGGAAAGUAUCCUUCGGAAAGUACCAACUCUUUCUCCCAAGGUUCUGAUUGGGAAGACACCAUCCCCAAAAGUUUAGUUCUUCAAUUCCCACUUUGCAUUACCUGAAGAAAUUGGUGUGUUGCAUGUGUGCUUUUGGAUGAAUUUGAACUUAUUCUAGUUGAAUGUGCCUUAAAAAUCAUGACACUAACUCAGAACGAGCAUGUAAGGUCCAGACCCAUGCUGAGGACAGGUGUUAAAAGCCAGGGAGUGUGACAAUCACAGGCUAGAAGACAACAUUUGGGGCCCACCUCCUUCACUGACAAGGGCAACAAAAUUGUAGACGCAGACAUCGUUCUUUGCUCUGGAAAUGGUGGGGCAUUUACUUCUAAAUGAAUUUACCGUAUAUUUAGAGGCAGUUCUGAAUUUAGCAAGCCACAGUGAUGUGCUUUCCUUACAGUGAGGGGAGAGGCUGGGCUGGCUGUGUCCACGGCUUUGCUAUGCAAGCACAAAUUCCAUCUCCUAGAUGGAGUCCCUGGCUUUCCCUUCCUGCGGGAACACCAGCCUGCCCCUCUCUACAAUUCUUCACCCCAGCUGAGAUUCCCCUGUGACCUCAGGAUGCCAGGUGGCCCUCAGGGCACAUUUUUCCAGAUAGCUGAAUGAGUUUGGUGCCCAGCACUGAGUGGGGCCUGACUCCCCUGCACUCAGGGCCCGGCGUUGGGACCCUACACUGCCCUGGGCCCUGGCUUGUAGAACUUUAGCAGCCCCAGGAACAGGCCAAAGGCUGGGCUCUUGUUUGAGUUUAGUGGUCACCUGUCCUUCCAUACCUCCUGUUUGUAAUUUUCUGUCAUCUCAGGAUAUGGGGGGAAAGGUACAGCAGAAGUAUUUGGGACGGGUUUGGGUUUUGAAUUCCAACCAAGUUGAGAGGCAAGUUGGUCUCACAGAAAGCACUACUGCACUUAGUAACCAUGUGGUUUUGAGCAAACCACGUGAUUUCUCUAGGUCUGUUUUCUCACCUACGAAAUAAGGAGGUUGGACUGUCAACAGCUUGCAGUAGGAUUCAGGGUGAAUGAAAGUUGAUCCUUGCUCUCAUCACUUUCUAGCUCAUCACCGUGCCUUUUUUCUUUCCUAAGAAAGACGUCACACCCCUUUCCUCUUCUCUUCUGUUGUCCCUCUCUCCUUCUCUAUCAAGGUCCAGGCAGAGCUGGAGAUGAGGCCAAGAUCCAGAAUUUCCUAGAGAGUAACAGAGUGGCUUAGAAAGGGAAGCCCGACUCUGGCCUCUUUAAUCCUGUAUUUGGUGACUAAGGGGACUUAGGAUGGUGACACUUCCCUUGUUGGGAGCAUACAUUUAGCCAGUUUUCAUAAUGCCUAGAAUGUGUAUGUCUAUUUGCACAAGAUUGUCUUUUCCUAUUUUGGAGUGGUCAGACAUUUUAUUUUUGUUCAAAAUCAUCAAGUUUUAGACAAACUUGCAAAACUGUGCUUUUAUUAAGUGACUUUUUGAAUAAACUCUUUGGUAUUCUGGAGCAAAUGUAUUUAUUUACUGGUAUGUGCAAUGACAAAGUUGGUAUUUUCCCAUGUUGACAUUAUGUAUGUUGUAGAACUUAGUGUUUGUCUAAGUACAGACCACAAACCAUAUAUCAACAAAUUAAACUUGACCUGUUUCAACA